CCAAGAGGACCUGGAGACCCAUCCCUGGUGAGGCAGGACAGCAGCCACUCUUUGAAACAUCCGGGACUGGCCUCCUCUUGAUGCACAACAGACACUCUGGUCUCUUGCUCCCAUGGCAGGAAGACACCAGAGCGAUAAUGCGAUGUCGUGGCACCCACAGUACCGCAGUUCCAAGUUCCGCCAUGUGUAUGGCAAGGCCGCCAGCAAGGAGAAGUGCUACGACUGCGUGCCCAUCACCCGUAACGUCCAUGACAACCACUUCUGCGCUGUGAACCCCCACUUUAUUGCGGUGGUGACUGAGUGUGCAGGUGGGGGGGCCUUCCUCGUCAUUCCCAUCCACCAGACAGGAAAGCUUGACCCACAUUAUCCCAAAAUAUGUGGGCACAAAGGGAAUGUUUUGGACAUCAAGUGGAACCCAUUCAAUGACUUUGUAAUAGCUUCAUGUUCAGAAGAUGCCACAGUUAAAAUCUGGGACAUCCCCAAGCACUUGCUAACAAGAAACAUUACCAGUCCAAAGAAGGAGCUUCUUGGGCAUGUUCGAAGAGUGGGCCUCAUUGAAUGGCAUCCCACUGCUAAUAACAUCCUCUUCAGCUCCGGCUAUGACUACAAGAUAAUGAUCUGGAACCUUGACACUAAGGAGGCUGUCAUCUCGAACCCAGUGAAGAUCCUUGAUGCUCACAAAGAUGUGGUCCUCUCCAUGUCGUUCAACACAGAUGGCAGUCUCCUUGCCACAGCUUGUAGGGACAGAAAGAUACGUCUGAUAGAUCCUCGUGCAGGAACAGUCCUACAAGAAGCCAGCUACAAGUCUCACAGAGUCAAUAAAGUCUUGUUCCUUGGAAACGUGAAAAAGCUGUUCUCUACUGGAACGUCUCGGUGGAAUAAUAGGCAAAUUGCAUUAUGGGAUCAAAAUGACCUUUCUGUGCCUUUACUGGAGGAAGAUCUGGAUGGCUCCUCAGGACUCCUGUUUCCUUUCUAUGACUCAGACACACACAUGCUUUAUGUUGUGGGAAAGGGUGAUGGAAAUAUACGGUACUAUGAGAUAAGCCCUGAGAAACCGUACCUGAACUACCUGAUGGAAUAUCGUUCUCAUUUACCACAGAAGGGAAUUGGAAUGAUGCCAAAGAGGGGACUUGAAGUGUCAGCUUGUGAGAUUUUCCGUUUCUACAAACUGAUCCCAACUAAAAGCCUGAUUGAGCCCAUCUCCAUGAUUGUGCCUCGACGGUCGGAGUCAUACCAGGAAGACAUCUACCCCUUGACCACAGGAGCCCAGCCAGCACUGACAGCACAGGAGUGGCUGAACGGAGUUAACAAAGGGCCUCUCUUGGUAUCUUUGAGACCAGGCUCUGGAGCUGUGAAUGCCUCACCACAGUUUCUUGAGCCAGAGCCACUCAUGAAAACUACUGACCUAAGCCAGCAGCAGGGUCGAGGAGGAAGGAUACUGCUGGAGGACAUGCAGAAGCCAAGUGAGAUCGAAGACAGCAGAAAACAGCUGAAAGUGGAGGAGAAGUUGCCGAAAAAUGAGCAAAUACGCCUCUCCAAUGGCUUUGACAUAUUUGAGUGUCCACCACCGAAAACUGAAAAUGAGCUCUUGCAGAUGUUUUACCGGCAACAGGAAGAAAUCCGUAGACUACGUGAGGUGGUAAACCAGAGGGAUGUCCAAAUUAAACAGCUGGAGCUGGAGCUUAGAAACCUCUGCAUGGACGCAGGCCGUUACUGAGGGUGCUGGCCUGCAGCUCUUUGCACCCCUGGCAACUGGAGCAGACUGUAAUUCCUGUGAAUAACAGCUCCUAGGGUUUUUGCUGGGGGAAAAAUUGAUGCUUUGGGCAGCAUGGACUUCCCUGGCUUGUGGUGGUCACAUUUCCCUAAUCAACACCAGACAGUUAUUGAUGGACUUGCUGCACUUCUUCAGGCUCCCCUUGCUUGCCUGCUCACUCAUGUCAGAAGCUCAUGCAUUAAUGACAGUGAAAGACUUUGGAAAAUCUUGCUCUUCUGGUCCUGGAGAAGCCACCCGUUAAGCUCUAGGAACAACCUGUUCUGCUACCCCUCCACACAACAUGUGGGUGGGAGACUGAAGGCAGCUGCCAGAUUCUUUUCCCACUCCUGGACCCACCAGUGUGGCUCCCAUGGCCGCUGUCCUCCUGCCCUGGGAGGCCACUCCGCAGCUGAGCUUCAGAGGCACCUCUAGCUCUGAAGCGAUCCUCGUGCACCCCUCUCGCCUCACAGCUUGGCCCUGCAGCCAAGUGGCUAGGCAAAGCCGUGGCUGCCCUGACCUGGUGCUGGGGAUAGUCCCGCUCUGAGCGGGAGGCUGCACUGGGGCUGCCAAGGGCCAGCGCUUUUGUGAUAGAUAAAGGAGAGUUGGUGUUUGGAGGUCCUACCUUAAAGGGGUAGCGAUGUGGGCUGAUUCUCACCAGAGAAGCUGCAGGUGCAGCAGAGGUCUCUGGGUCCUUUGAGUCAGCAGCUGCCUUUCCCUCCCUUUGCCAAAGACCAGCCACAGUCACCUGGGGACCAUGGUCCUGUGGUGCUCAUCAGACAAAUGAAUCUGCCCACACUGUUGGUGCCGGGGGAUUUGCCAAGAGGGAUUAAAAGGAUGACGGGGGGGUUGGACCCUCAGCCCACUGCUGACCUUUCAGCAAUGGUGCUAGAAGUGUGGUGUCAGUGACAGGAGGAUCACAGGACCGUGGCUGGUCACAAACAGCCCUCCCUGGUUGCUGGACUAUUGCUUGUCCUUUUGCCCGCAGCUGCUGCUUCCUUAGCUCCCAUGUGCCAGCGCCUUGUCCCACGCCUGCAGCCACUGACAGCUGCAGGGUCGUGCUUCCCAGCUGUGUCACCCACCCCCCUGCAUCCUCCAGGGCUGCCCCAUCCCAUCUCCCCAAGCCCUACAGCCACACUCAUCUGUGCCCUUCAGCACCAGCUCUCUAGCUCGCUGCCUUCCCCAGCCCUUUGCUUAGGGGAAGAGCAGCUGCAGGAUGCAGGUCCCAUCCUUGGUUUCAGGGCUGGCACCUGUGACCAGUUUUAUGCAGUCUGCCCGCAAUGUGCAGAGCUGGGCCAGCGGCAGCACGGAGGGAGUGCCCACACCUGCCCGCCUCGUCGGUGCCUGAGGGUCUGCUCUCAUUUGUUCUUGUGUGGGGCAAGAGAGCACACUGUCAGUUGUCCCCAAAGCACAGCAGCCUCGGAGGGGAAAUGUUUUUCCUUGCCCCAAAUGCAGAGCUCAUGGAGAUGUCUUAAACCCAAGCAGCGCAAGCAACCACUGUUUAAUCUGUAACUGUGCACCUCUGUUGUGACAUGUAUAGGAAUGAAUACUAUGCUUUGCUAGUUCCCUGAAGCUUAAUGAUUUCCCAAGGUAUAAAAAGAAAAAAAAGAAAAUCUCCGUAGUCAGAAAUUCCCACAAACAGGACUCCUUAGCAAGGGGACCUAAAGGCUGUGCACUGCCUGUGCUCGUGUGAGAUACCCCUCUGGUUAUCCCUGAAAGCAAUAGCCAGCAGGGAGCUCAAGGGCACUAAAAACUCUUAUAUGAGAAUCACACAAAGAUUUCUGCAUCCCUUUUGCUCUGCUGCAAAGACUUUACCCAGCUUUCAAAAAUAUUUCAUUCAUUUCUAAAUAGCAACAACAGAUGUGGGUGCUAAAAAGUCACAAAUACUGUUUCUUUCUGCAGCAUUACAGAGAGGGGGUAGAUGUUAAUGCUCUUCAGGAAGAGUCCUUUAGCAUCAGCCACUUAUUUAACAUCACUCUUUUGGUAAAAAAUAAUAUAACAAAGUUGUUGAAACAAACUUCAGCUCAUUUCAGAUCCUCCAGAAUGGACUUUCCUGUGCCCUGGGAACACUCGGCAGUAUGCAGUUACAUGGAAAAGCAGCUCACCCCAGAUACAGAGCUUUAAUCCAAACACAUGAAUCUUACACCAGAAGUGGUCAGGCUUUCUCACCAAAGAGAAGAGCUACGUAAGAAAUCAAGAAGCUCACCGUUUUUUCAGCCAUGUCAUUCAGGCCUGACAGCUUCAAACUUCAAAGCUAUUUUCAUAGAGGGUAGUCCCAGGGAUACCCACUCUGGUUUUCAAGUUGUCAUUAUCAUAAGGAAGAGCACUUGACACAGCCUCAGCAGUCCAGGGGAUACAACACUUUCCUUGUCACCAUAUGUGUUUUAUUUGCUGGAUUUUUUUUUUCUUAUUUUUAAUACAGAAUAAAUUAUUUAAAUUAUUUCCAAGUUAAUGUAAUUUUUCCAGGGGAUUUUUAAAUCCUCCUAAGGACUGUUUCUUUGUUAUCCUAUGACUGGCUAGCAUAGAAAAUGGUUGGACACUAUGGUUCUUAUCUUAGGGUUGUAUUGAUUUCAGCAUUUCUGGAAAAGAAGUUGCUUUCAUUUAGGCUUUGCUGGCAACAUUUGAUAAGGCAAGACUAUUUAAUCAAAACUUCUUUUUUAGACAUUAUGCCUGUAAAAGCGUAGACUGUGAAAUGUAUUUCAAUUUGGAGCUUAAGUGCAACCAUAAAUCUUUCACACAGAGAAAAAAAGUGGAGGAAGUGGAGUUAUGUGUUAAUGAACUGUGCCUAAAUAGACUUAAGUGAUCAUUUUAAGUUUCUAAAAUUCCUAACAGCUUUGUAAAAAACUGUAAAACAUGGGGAUAAAAACCAAAUUUGUGCAAUGAAAAGCAAA